CCACAGCUUGAGCAGCACACGAGGCCAUGUCUUUCGUCCCCGAGUCCGUGCUCAAGAAGCGCCGCACCCAGGCGGCGAUCGCGACCGAGCAGGAGGCCGCGGCCACCAAGGCCAAGGCCGCCGCCGCGGCGAAGAAGGAGGUGACCUUCAAGCGCGCGGAGAAGUACAUGGCCGAGUACAAGGCCGCGGAGAACGACGCGAUCCGCCUCCGCCGCGAGGCCAAGGCGGCCAACUCCAUCUACGUGCCCCCCGAGGGCAAGCUCGCCUUCGUCAUCCGCAUCCGCGGCAUCAUCGGCAUGUCGCCCAAGGUGAAGAAGAUCCUCCAGCUCCUCCGCCUGCGCCAGCUCCACUCCGGCGUCUUCGUCAAGCUCACGGGCGCCACGACGAAGAUGCUCCGCCUCGUCGAGCCCUACAUCGCCUACGGCGAGCCCAACCUCAAGUCCGUGCGCGAGUGCAUCUACAAGCGCGGCUACGGCAAGGUCAACAAGAAGCGCGUGCCCAUCGACAACAACGCCGUCGUCGAGGACGUGCUCGGCAAGUACGACAUCAUCUGCGUCGAGGACCUCAUCCACGAGAUCUACACGGUGGGCCCCCACUUCCGCGAGGCCGCCAACUUCCUCUGGCCCGUCAAGCUGUCCUCGCCCACGGGCGGCUUCAAGGCCAAGCUCCUCCACUACAACGAGGGCGGCGACGCGGGCUACCGGGGCGAGAAGAUCCACGAGCUCGUCAAGAAGAUGCUCUAGGCGGCCGAAGCCGCCUUCGAUCUCGCUCGCACUCCAAAAACAGCCCGGCCGCGUCGAGGGGCGACGACGCGGCGACGAAGCCGACCCCGGCGCCGGGCGGGCGUCCGGGGGGGGCGCGGCCGGCGGGCCGCGUAAUGUAGUACCUAUGC